AUGAAUUGUUUUUCAUGUUUUUCUUCCCACGACAAGAAGGCAUCUAAAUGGCUAAACAGUCGCAGCAGAAAUGCUCAGACUUCUUACAACUCUGCUCAAACAGAAACUAUUCCUCCACAGCCACGGUCCCCAGAUGCAGAGAAUAUUCUUAAACCAAAGACCCCAGCACCUGAACCUACAAAGAAUGCUGAUGGCCCUAAAGACAGCGGUAACAACAACAUUGCAGCACAAACUUUCACCUUCCGUGAAUUGGCUACAGCAACCAAGAAUUUUAGACAAGAAUGUUUGAUAGGGGAAGGUGGAUUUGGGCGAGUUUAUAAGGGAAAACUUGAUAAAACCGGCCAGGUUGUAGCUGUAAAGCAGCUUGAUAGAAAUGGAUUGCAAGGAAACAGAGAAUUUCUUGUUGAGGUGUUGAUGCUAAGCCUGUUGCACCAUCCAAACAUGGUCAAUCUCAUCGGAUAUUGUGCCGAUGGAGAUCAGAGGCUUCUGGUUUAUGAAUACUUGCCAUUGGGAUCUCUAGAGGACCAUCUACUUGAUCUUACACCGGAUCAAAAGCCAUUAGAUUGGUUUGCCAGAAUGAAAAUAGCAUUAGGUGCUGCUAAAGGUUUAGAAUAUUUGCAUAAUAAGGCCAAUCCCCCUGUCAUCUAUCGAGAUCUGAAAUCCUCCAACAUCUUGCUGGAUAAAGAGGUCAAAGCCAAACUCUCCGAUUUCGGGUUAGCCAAGCUAGGACCUAUUGGGGACAAGACACAUGUAUCUUCCAGGGUCAUGGGAACAUAUGGAUAUUGUGCCCCGGAGUAUCAAAGAACAGGGCAGUUAACAGUGAAAUCAGAUGUUUACAGUUUCGGGGUCGUUUUGUUGGAGUUAAUCACUGGAAGGAGAGCCAUUGAAACCUCAAGAUCAAACAAAGAACAAAAUCUAGUUACAUGGGCACAACCACUGUUCAAGGAACCCUGUAGGUUCCCACAACUGGUGGAUCCACUUCUUGAAGGAGAUUUCCCUAUAAGAGGCUUGCAUCAAGCAGUUGCAGUUGCAGCCAUGUGCCUGCAAGCAGAAGCAGAGGUACGUCCCUUGAUAAGUGAUGUGGUCACUGCUCUCAGUUUCCUUGGAAAUGUUCCAGAUGCAAGCACUGCUGCUUCCUCUUUUCCUUCCCCGGAAUCUGACAAGACACCAAACCGAGAAAUUUAUGAUGAAGAUAGCAAGACAGAACGCCAACGAGCUGUGGCAGAAGCCAUAGAAUGGGGCUCAACUUCGAAGCACGCAGAGUCACAAAAUAAUAGCGCUAUGUUGUAGAAAUUCGCCUAACAUAAAUGCAAAGUCCCUUCCAUGAUAUAUAUAGAUAUCUCCCUACGGUUCAUGUUCCUCCAGGCUUUAUCACAUAAUACCAUUUCUUUUUUCUAUUCUUUUUCUCAGCUAACCUGCAAAGAUG